AUGCUCAAGGACUUGCAGAGGCAACUACAGGCACAGCGGGACUCCGAGACCGAGGAAAGGCUCAAGCUUUCCCAGUCUCUCGUGGAGUUGGAGAAGCGAGUAGCGGGGCACGAAGAGACGCACACGCAGGUGCAGACUCUGCUGGAGGACAGCGAUAGUCACAUUCGCGCCGCCGAAGGGAGAACUCUCGAGCACUGCAACCAGGUUCUUGACGACUUACAUUACGAGCUAACAGCUUCCAUGGAGGACGAAGGCAAGCGGCUUCAACAAGAAUGCUUGCAAGAGCUGGACAAAGUCAGCGAGGACAUCGAGCUGAAGAUUACUUCUAUGGCUUCUAAGGUUGAUGAGGCCGCAGCGACGGUGGGCGACACAAAAGUCUUCGUCGCCUCAGAGUUAGAGGUUCUACAGCAGCGCACGGAUGGGAGAUGUGAAUCUGUCGAGUCGAUGUGGGAGGACUUUCGCAGAGGUAUUCUCGAGCGCCUCGAUGCCAACGAGCUCACCACCGAGGAUCUGUCACAGCGGCUGCAGAUCUCGGAGGAGUGGGGCCUUUUCACCUACGACGGAGGAAGUCAUAUUACAUUACAUUAUAGUAUAGUAUGGUAUAGUCAAGCAUACUACGGUAUAGUAGAGUUUUGUAUAGCUGCGCUUCAGGAGCUUUCUGAGCGGUUGGAUGCUCAUCAUGCGCAGUCGAAGAAGUGGGUGGAGGCCGGCUUGGUAUUUAUUUUUGUUCAUGGAUGCACUUGUGCGAAAUCAGAUUGCUUCGUGUGA